AAAGCAAAGCAAAGCUACUCGCUGCUGCGUGGCACCCACCGCUCAGGGCAUGGGUCCCCCAACUAAGCUCUUGGAGGCCUCGGGGCGCCGCAAGAUGUGAGAGAGGCCCCGCAGCGGGCAUAGCCAAGAGCUUUGGCGGGGAGAGGAGCGAGUGAGUGAGCCUAGCUCACUGGGGGGUGCUGCUUGAAAGCGUUCGGAGCGCCCAACCCAGGGCACCCCCAAAUCGGAUCGGGUAGCUGGAGGGAGCAGCCGCUCGGCGCAGAAAGACAGAGAGAAGCAGGCUGUCAUGCCCUAUUGAUCCCCACCUCGUCCCCUGCCCCGUGCCAAGCAUGUUUGGGCUGGACCAAUUCGAGCCCCAGAUGAACAGCAGGAACGCCGCCGGCCAGGGCGAGAGGAACUUUAACGAGGCCGGACUGAACAUGAACGCCCACUUUAAGGCCCCGGCUUUCCACGCGGGGGGACCCCCGGGCCCCGUGGACCCUGGCAUGAGCGCGCUGGGCGAGCCCCCCAUCUUGGGCAUGAACAUGGAGCCCUAUGGCUUCCCCACGCGAGGCCACUCCGACUUGCACGCCGGGGGGCUGCAGGCGCAGCCGGUGCAUGGCUUUUUCGGGGGCCAGCAGCCGCCACCUCCUCCGCCUCCACACCACGGCCACCCAGGAGGAGGCCACCACCCGCACCAGCAUCACCCCCACUUCGGGGGUAACUUCGGGGCCCCGGAUCCGGGCGCCUCGUGCUUGCACGGGGGUCGCUUGCUGCACGGCUACGGCGGCGGCGGAGGCGGCGGAGCGGCCGGCGGCCUGGCCAGCCAGCCGCCGCCCUUCGCCGAGGGUUACGAUCCCAUGGCGGAGAGCCAAGGGGGGCCCGAGAGCUUCGGCCCGCAGCGACCCGGCAACCUCCCGGACUUCCACAGUUCGGGCCACGCCGUGCCCGCCCCUUGCCUGCCUCUGGACCAGAGCCCCAACCGGGCCGCCUCCUUCCACGGCCUGCCCGCCUCCAGUGGCUCCGACUCUCACAGCCUCGAGCCCCGCCGGGUCUCGAACCCGGGAGCCGCUGGCGUUGACUCGCUGGAAUACAAUUACCCGGGCGACGCGCCCUCGGGACAUUUUGACCUGUUUUCGCCCUCGGAUUCCGAGGGGCAGCUGCCUCAUUACGCAGCCACGGGCCGCCAGGUUCCUGGGGGUUCCUUCCCGGGCGCCUCGGCCUUGCCCAGAGCUGCCGGCAUGGUGGGCUUGUCCAAGAUGCAUGCCCAACAACAGCAGCAGCAGCAGCAACAGCAGCAACAGCAGCAGCAACACGGGGUGUUCUUCGAGAGGUUCGGGGGUGCCCGCAAGAUGCCCGUGGGUCUGGAGCCCGGAGUUGGCACCAGGCACCCGCUGAUGCAGCCCCCGCAGCCCGCACCGCCGCCUCCGCCGCAGCAGCCGCCUCCCCAGCAGCCUCCGCAGCAACCCCAGCCCCAGCCCCAGCCCCAGCCGCCGCCGCCGCCGGGACUCCUGGUUCGCCAAAAUUCGUGCCCACCCGCGCUCCCGCGGCCGCAGCCGGGCGAGGCGGGCACGCCCAGCGGCGGCGGCCUGCCGGACGGGGGCCCCAUGCUGCCCGGCCAGCACGCUCAGUUCGAGUACCCCAUCCACCGGCUGGAAAACCGGAGCAUGCACCCGUAUUCCGAACCCGUGUUUAACAUGCAGCAGCACCCCCCGCCGCAGCAGGCACCCAACCAGCGGUUGCAGCAUUUCGACGUCGCCGCUCCCCCUUACAUGAACGUGGCCAAGAGGCCGCGCUUCGACUUCCCGGGCAGCAGCGCGGGCGUGGAUCGCUGCGCCUCGUGGAACUCCGGGAGCAUGCACAACGGUGCUCUGGACAACCACCUCUCGCCCUCGGCCUACUCGGGCCUACCGGGUGAGUUCACGCCACCUGUGCCCGAGAGUUUCCCUUCGGGGCCACCCCUGCAGCACCAGACCCCCGACCACCCGUCGUCCCUGCAGCAGCAGCCGCCGCAGCCGCAGCCGCAGCCGCAGCAACAGCAGCAGCAGCAGCAGCAACAGCAGCAGCAGCAGCAGCAGCAGCGCCAAAACGCGGCCCUCAUAAUUAAGCAGAUGGCAUCGCGCAAUCAGCAGCAGCGAAUGCGCCAGCCCAGCCUGACCCAGCUCGGCCACCCGGGGGACGUGGGCCAGGGCGGCCUGGUGCACGGGGGCCCGGUGGGCGGCCUGGCCCAGGCCAACUUCGAGCGGGACAACAGCGGCGGGACGAACCGCCUGGGCCCCUUCGAGCAGCCGCACCAGCAGGCACCGCACUUGGCGCAGGAGAGCGCGUGGUUCCCAGGCCCGCACGCGCCUCCGGGCGACCUGCUGGCCCGCAGGAUGGGCGCGUCGGGCUUGCCCGGGGAGUGCGGCCCUCACGACCCGAGCCUGGCGCCGCCGCCCCCUCCUCCGGGGGGUUCUGGGGUGCUAUUCCGGGGCUCCCUGCAGGACCCCUUGAGGAUGCCCGGCGAGGGCCACGUGCCCGCGUUGCCCUCCCCGGGCCUGCAGUUCGGGGGCAGCCUCGGGGGGCUGGGGCAGCUGCAAUCGCCCGGGGCCGGAGUGGGGUUGCCCAGUGCGCCUUCGGAGCGCAGGCCCCCGCCGCCCGAUUUCGCCGCGCCAGCCUUGGGGGGCCAGCCCGGGUUCCCCUUCGGCGCGGCGAGCCGGCAGGCCACUCCACAUAGCGGCCCGGGUGUGAACUCGCCCCCGAGCGCGGGCGGGGGCGGCGCCGGCGGCGGCGCGGGCGGCGCGGGGGGCUCGGGGGGCGCCUACCCGCCGCAGCCCGAAUUCCAACCCAGCCAGCGCUCCUCGGCCAGCAAGCUGGGCGCUCUGUCGCUCGGCUCCUUCAACAAGCCCAGCUCCAAGGACAACCUGUUCGGCCAGAGCUGCCUGGCCGCGCUGUCCACCGCCUGCCAGAACAUGAUCGCCAGCCUGGGGGCCCCGAACCUCAACGUGACCUUCAACAAGAAGAACCCACCCGAGGGCAAGAGGAAACUGAGCCAGAACGAGUCCGACGGGGCCGCCGUGGCGGUGGUGGCUGGCACCCCGGGCUCGGAUUACUUCCCGGGGGGGCCCGGGGCUGCAAUCGGGGCUCCCGGGCCUGCGGGCCCAGCUGUGGGCAGCAGCUCCAAAGUCCCCCCGGGCCCCUCCAACCCACCCCCCCGGGAGGCGGGGGACUGCACCAGCCUGUCCCCCAACUACAGCUUGGAAUCCACGUCGGGGAACGACGGCAAGCCCAUCCCCGGGGGCGGCGGCCGGGGCCGGGGUCGCAGAAAAAGGGACAGUGGCCACGUGAGCCCGGGGACCUUCUUCGACAAGUACUCGGCCGCUCCGGACAGUGGGGGCACGCCGGGGGUGAGCCCCGGCCAGCAGCAGCAACAACAGCAGCCACCCUCGGCUCAGGGGCAACAGCCGCAGCAGCAGGCGGCCCCGGGCGUGGCCGUGGUCGGGGCAAGCGCCCCCGGGGAGGCUCGCGGGGCGCCCACGCCGCACGACAAGGCGCUCACGUCGCCGCCCUCCUGGGGGAAGGGGGCCGAGCUGCUCCUGGGGGACCAGCAGGACCUCAUGGCCUCCCUGGAAGGGGGCCCCAAGUCGGACAGUAGUUCGCCCCGCGUGGGCGAGUUUGCCUCGGACGAGGUGAGCACGAGCUACGCCAACGAGGACGAGGUGUCGUCCAGCUCCGACAACCCCCCGGCGGCGGCUGCUGCUGCGCUGGCCAAGGCGAGUCGGAGCCCCCUGGUGACCGGCUCCCCCAAGUUGGCACCCCGCGGGGCAGGCACGGGGGAACACGGACCGAAGGCGCCCCAGCAGCUCGGCUUGGGCAUCUUGUCUACCUCUAGCUCCACCCCGGACAGCUACGGUGGUGGCGGCGGCGGCGGCGGUGCGGGCCACCCCGGCACCCCCGGCCUGGAGCAGCAGGUCCGCACCCCGACGAGCAGCGGCGCGCCCCAGCCCGAGGAGAUCCACCCGCUGGAGAUCCUGCAGGCCCAGAUCCAGCUGCAGAGGCAGCAGUUCAGCAUCUCCGAGGAUCAGCCGCUGGGACUCAAGGGGGGCAAGAAAGGGGAUUGCGCCGUCGCCGUCGCCGUCGGGGCCUCCGUGGGCUCGCAGAACGGAGGCGACAGCGAGCUGGGCAGCUGCUGCUCCGAGGCGGUCAAGAGCGCCAUGAGCACCAUUGACUUGGACUCCCUGAUGGCAGAGCACAGCGCCACCUGGUACAUGCCCGGCGACAAGGCCUUGGUGGACGGCACCGAGGAAGACAAGACGCUGGCGCCCUGGGAGAAGGCCAAGCCCCCGAACCCCAACAGCAAAGAAGCCCAUGACCUCCCUGCCAACAAAGCCUCUGCGGCACAACCUGGCAGCCACUUGCAGUGCCUGUCCGUCCACUGCACAGACGACGUGGGCGAUGCCAAGGCCCGAGCCUCCGUGCCCACCUGGCGCUCCCUGCAUUCUGACAUCUCCAACAGAUUCGGCACCUUCGUGGCUGCUCUGACUUGAAUGAACACGACUCGCCCUGUCCCCCACCAGGCCCUUUUGUCCCCUGGUCUGCCACCUCCACUCCUCUCCUUGGCCUCUCCAAACCCCCACCCCUGACCCCUAUCCUCCACCCCACUGCUCAUUUGGAAGGGCCACUAUUGCUGAGUGGAUGGCUUAUUUUUCUCCUCCCUAGGUUGGUACCUGCUUAGUGGCAUAUGGACCGGAGAGGGUUAAUUUAAAGGGGGGAGGGGAACUUCAAAAACAUUUUUUUAAAAAAGAAAUUUGUCUGCCACAGUACGUUACCAGUGUUUACCCUUCUGCAGUUACAAAACCUUUGCUUACGUCUUUUUCCUGCUAGAGAAUUCCCCCUCUUUUUUUUUUUUUCUGUAAUCUUGGCAUACUUUUUUUUUUAGAUGACCUCUUUCCUUGUUUUAUUUUUAUGCUGCUGUAUGUCCAAGUAUUGUUAUUUCAUAAUAAGACAAGAGUUGCUUUCCUCUCUUUAUUUUUUUUUUAAAAAAAAAGCUCUUCUCCCCCCCUUUUCUUCCUCUUCCACUCUUCUCCUUGCCUUUUCCUCUUUGCUCUCUCCCCCUCCAUUUUUUUUUUUUUUUUGCUUUGUUCACUGCUUAUUAAAAUGGAAAUCCUGAAGAAUAGUCGUCUGGAAUAUUGCCGGGUGAAAGUCGGCUUGUCAUCACCACUUGUAGAUCGACACCCAACUGUCCUUAGGCACACAGGAGUCUAACAAUGAAGGGUCCCCCUUCCCACCCCCAUCCCUCACUUAGGUGUUCGGCCUGGGAUGUUGUUUCGUCUGCUCCCCAAGAAACAUGAUAAAUGCUCAUUCCUACAAACACAUAUGUGCAGCCUCCACUUGCCUCUGUGGGUGGAGAGAUGGUCUCUCUGUCCUGCAUGUGGGCUGGAGCCUGGAUGGCCCCAGCGGAGUUCUUGUUCUUUCCUGAGCUUUUGCGCUGUGACCAGGGGUCAACUGAUCAUGCUGUGCUGAAUAACCCGAAGUACAAGAAGGACCCUGUCCUUCUAGCUUGUGGAGCUCCAGAGAUGGGGGUGUUUGGGGCUCUGGUUUCUGCUGCAGCCAGACCUGGAGAUCUGGGGGGAAGGGAGGUUUGGAGGAAAAAUUCUCAGCCUUGACCAUUGCUAACAGCCUCUCUUGGCUUGGCACAGAGGAAAGGGCAGGAGGAGGAGGAGGGAUGGGGCCUGCCUCUAUUUCUCCUUUUGGGUCCCUAGUUUUCAUCCACUAAUGUGGGGCCUUUAGCCUUGGGCAGCAUCUUUCUCCCUUCCUGCCCACCAGUCCUGGGAAGAUAAGGCCUUCCCUCACUAAGCACUUUUUAGAGGGAACCCAGACUCAGCCAGCUCUGCCUCCUGCUUCUUACCCAGAGUCUGGGUAGAUACACUUGCAGGAGUCUCCAGAGAGAGAGAGAGAAAGGGAACCCUAGACAGGACUUUCAAUGACUGAACCUGGUACAGGACAGACCUGGAACCAGUCCUUUGGAUGUGACAGUACCAAGUACCCAAGGCU